UCCAGAAAGGGACAACCUGGACCGAUGCUCAGGCUUACUGUCGGACCAACUUUGAUGACCUGGCCACUAUUGAAACCAGUGAUGACAUUGUGAAAAUUCAAAAUGUUUCACAGAGCCAACAGUUCAUUUCAAAUGCUUGGAUUGGAUUGUACACAGAGAAAAGUGGCUUUUUCUGGUCCAUGGGAAACGAAUCACUGGGUAGUUGGACAAGUUGGUUUUCUUCACAACCUUCAUUACAAGAUCAAUUGUGUACAUUAGUAGCUUACUCUACUGGUUGGUGGGAUAUGCCAUGUGAUAGCCUUCGUCCCUUUGUAUGCUUUGAUGCCAGCCAAGUUGGCAAUGCUGCUUACAUUUUAGUCACUUCUUCAGUGACCUGGUAUGAUGCUCAGAGCUACUGCAGACAGCAUUACACAGACCUGGCCAGCGCAAGAAGCUUAACAGAAUACCAAAUGAUACUAAAACCAAUGUCGGGGGUGGCUACGCACGUUUGGAUUGGAUUGUUCAGGGAGCCCUGGAAGUGGUCCGACCAGUCCAACUUAACCAUCAAUCUAUGGAUGUUAAAAGAACCGGAUAAUGCCCUCGGAAAUCAAAACUGUGGUUAUAUCUCUAAUGGUCUGGCUGCUGAUGCACAGUGCUCAGACAUAAUGUAUUUCUUUUGUCACAAAAUUGUGUACCCGAGAAGACUAUGGACCAUUAAAGUAAGAGUCCAGUCCAAUCAGGAUGUGAAUGGUCCUGCGUUAAAGGAGGCCAUCUUGGAGAAGAUCAAGCAGACAGCACAGGCAUAUGGAAUGCCUGACAACACUACAGUGGAUUGGAAAGUGUAUCAAAAUGGAGUUGUGUUCCACAAGGAGAAAGACCCUCCAGAAAUUGCAGAGCAAAACUGUUUUCUCUAAGCCUUCAAAUGUGGUUCACAUUUAACUAUUUUGUUUUGCAUUUUUAAACUUUCUGCAUAUUUUUAGUGCACUUACAGUAGUUUACUCUGGAUCAUUUAAAGAGAUGUGUACCAUUAUAGAAACGUGACUUAUAUGUCCACAAAAUCUAAUGUUAAGGUAAAAUAA